GCAUAUAUCUCGCGAGAUUUCGUAUCGGCCAUUUGACAGACGGUGAAAAUGUUUACAUCGUAAGAUGUACCUAUAAAAUUCUUCCGUUUGAGAUGAUAUAAGUGACAAUGAAUGCUGAAAAUAUAGACCCAAACAUUAGCACGACUAAUCGUGUAGCUCGUGUAAAUAUGGUAGAAGGUGUGGGUGCUCGUGUUGUAAGAGGUCCAGACUGGAAAUGGGGAAAACAAGACGGGGGAGAGGGACAUGUUGGGACUGUGAGGAAUUUCGAGUCUCCAGAGGAAGUUGUUGUUGUUUGGGACAAUGGAACGGCAGCCAAUUACAGAUGUGCUGGAGCAUUUGAUCUGAGAAUAGUGGAUAGUGCCCCAACAGGCAUCAAACAUGAUGGAACCAUGUGUGACACUUGUAGACAGCAGCCAAUAUUUGGGAUUCGAUGGAAAUGUGCAGAAUGCACAAAUUAUGACUUGUGUAGUGUGUGCUACCAUGGUGAUAAACAUAAUUUGCGACAUAGAUUUUACAGAAUAACAACACCAGGAAGUGACAAAUGCUCUGUAGAACCUAGAAGAAAAAGCAAAAAGAUAACAGCCCGAGGUAUAUUUCCUGGGGCACGUGUAGUGAGAGGGGUUGACUGGCAAUGGGAGGAUCAGGAUGGGGGGAAUGGACGACGGGGAAAGGUUACUGAGAUACAGGACUGGAGUGCUGCUAGCCCUAGAAGUGCUGCCUAUGUGUUGUGGGACAAUGCUGCUAAAAACCUCUACAGAGUGGGAUUUGAGGGAAUGGCUGAUCUGAAGGUUGUGAAUGAUGCAAAAGGGGGAUCCUUCUACAGAGAUCAUCUUCCUCUUUUGGGAGAACAAGGUCCAGGGUCAAGGUCAGGUCCUGGGGGCUUAGCCAUUGGGGACCAAGUCAAUGUAGAUCUGGAGUUGGAGAUUGUUCAGUCUCUACAGCAUGGUCAUGGAGGAUGGACGGAUGGAAUGUUUGAGUGUUUGGGUACAACUGGGACUGUUGUUGGCAUUGAUGAAGAUCAUGAUAUUGUGGUAUCUUAUCCCAGCGGAAACAGAUGGACUUUUAAUCCAGCUGUUCUGACAAAAGUGAACACCUCAAGUACUGCGCCCUCUACUUCCACUGAGGCGACCCCUGCUGUCCCUCCUUCAGCUCAGUUUGCUGUAGGUGACCUAGUACAGAUCUGUAAUGACCCAGAAAAGAUCAAGCUCCUACAGCGAGGGCAUGGGGAAUGGGCAGAAGCCAUGCUACCGACUCUUGGUAAGAUUGGACGUGUACAACAAAUUUAUCAUGACAGCGAUCUAAAGGUGGAAGUAUGUGGCACCUCAUGGACUUACAAUCCCUCUGCUGUCACUAAGGUGGCCUCAUCUGAUGGUGCUGCUAUAGGAAACUCCUCUGGAGAGAGACUUAGUGCUUUAUUGAAAAAGCUCUUUGAAACACAUGUAACUGGAGAUGCCAAUGAAGAACUUGUCAAAGCAGCUGCCAACGGGGACUAUGUCAAAGUAGAAGACUUACUCAGCAGACCUGAUAAUGAUGCUAAUGGUAUGUUUGCUGGUCAUACUGCCCUGCAGGCUGCCUCACAGAAUGGCCACACUGAUGUCAUCAAGAUCCUCAUGAAACACAAUGUGGAUUUUGAAAUUGAGGACAAAGAUGGAGACCGUGCUGUGCAUCAUGCUGCAUUUGGAGAUGAACCCAGUGUCAUUGAUCAGUUACAUCGUGGUGGUGCUGACCUCAAUGCUCGCAACAAGCGUAGACAGACUCCCCUACAUAUAGGAGUCAACAAAGGCCACAUUGGAGUGGUCAAGACUCUCCUGGAUUUGGGAUGUCACCCAAGUUUACAGGACUCGGAGGGGGAUACACCACUCCAUGAUGCCAUCAGCAAAAAACGAGAUGAUAUGAUUUCCUUGCUGCUUGAACACCAUGCUGACUUGACAAUUACCAACAACAAUGGUUUCAACUCCCUGCACCAUGCUGCUCUCCGAGGCAACCCCAGUGCUAUGCGGAUUCUUCUAUCUAAAAUCCCUCGGCCAUGGAUUGUGGAUGAGAAAAAGGAUGAUGGAUACACUGCUCUCCAUUUAGCAGCUCUAAACAACCAUGUGGAGGUGGCAGAGCUUUUGGUCCACCAGGGGAAGGCCAAUAUGGACUUGCAGAAUGUGAAUCUUCAAACAGCUUUACAUCUGGCAGUGGAGAGACAACACACACAAAUUGUUAGGCUAUUGGUGAGGGAAGGCUGUAAUCUGAACAUCCCCGACAAGGAUGGAGACACCCCCCUUCAUGAGGCCCUUAGACACCACACCCUGUCUCAGCUCAGACAGCUGCAGGACAUGCAGGAUGUUGGCAAGCUUCUGAUGGGGUUGGGAACCCCUGGAGCAGACAAGAAGUCUAGUGCCUCAAUUGCAUGCUUUCUAGCUGCCAAUGGAGCUGAUCUGAACAUCAAAAACAAAAAGGGGCAGACUCCACUUGACCUUUGUCCAGAUCCCAAUCUGUGUAAAGCCCUGGCCAAAUGUCACAAGGAGAGACACAGUCCUAAUGGUACAGCCUCCAACACUGUGAUACUGAGGAAUGACCAGGAGUCGCUGGAGGAGUGCAUGGUGUGUUCAGAUUUGAAGAGAGACACUUUGUUUGGACCCUGUGGUCACAUUGCUACUUGUUCCCUCUGCUCUCCACGAGUCAAGAAGUGUCUGAUGUGUAAAGAACAAGUCCAGUCCAGAACAAAGAUUGAGGAGUGUGUUGUAUGCUCAGAUAAGAAGGCAUCCACUCUGUUCCUGCCCUGUGGUCAUAUGUGUGCUUGUGAUGGCUGUGGACAACUGAUGAAAAAGUGUGUACAAUGCAGAUCAUCUAUUGAUAAGACUGUGCCAUUCAUAGUGUGUUGUGGAGGAACUCCACCACCAGCUCCUCAGCCCCCUGGCAUCAUGAACAACGGUUCUCGUGACAACACUAAAGACAUUCAGAAGCUACAGCAACAGUUGCAGGACAUCAAAGAUCAGACCAGCUGUCCUGUUUGUAUGGACCGUUUGAAGAACAUGAUUUUCCUCUGUGGCCAUGGCACAUGUCAGAUGUGUGGAGAUCGAAUGGCCGAAUGCCCAAUCUGCAGGAAAGCUGUUGAAAAACGCAUCCUUCUUUACUAAAUAUUUCCUCUGCAGCAGUGAACUGUGCAUGAAAGAGUAAAUUAAAAUUUUUGGCAUUAUUAUUUGAUUCAGCUGUAUAUGAAAUAGAAUCUUUAAAGUACAGAUCUAC